AAAAGUGCAACGCCUGCGCUGAAGGGGCUGUCAAAUGACAGGCGCAAGAACCGCUUGUUUGACUGUUCAUGCUGAAAGAUAAGAAACUCCUCCCUGCCGAAAGCACGCGUACUCUGCCUUCUCAGCGAAAUGGUCUCAUGGAUUAUCUCUAGACUUGUGGUGCUCAUUUUUGGCACUCUAUACCCAGCCUACUCCUCAUAUAAAGCUGUCAGAUCCAAGGAUGUGAAAGAAUAUGUGAAAUGGAUGAUGUACUGGAUCAUAUUUGCACUUUUCACCACGGCAGAAACAAUCACAGACAUAUUUCUUUGCUGGCUUCCUUUUUACUAUGAGUUGAAGAUAGCCUUUGUGGUGUGGUUAUUAUCCCCUUACACCAAGGGAUCCAGUGUGCUCUACAGGAAGUUUGUCCAUCCUACGCUGUCCUCCAAAGAGAAGGAUAUAGAUGACUAUCUGUGCCAAGCCAAGGACAAGAGUUAUGAUGCUCUGGUGCACUUUGGGAGAAAAGGGCUGAAUGUGGCGGCCACAGCUGCUGUGACGGCUGCUGCUAAGGUCUCCCACCUGCUCAAAAUAGUCACAUACAGGGACUUUACUUUACACCAGGGCCAGGGGGCAUUGUCAGAGCGGCUGCGUAGCUUCAGUAUGCAGGACCUGUCCUCCAUCCACCAGGAGGCUCCUCUGAAGAGCACCGGAUCAACCUCGUCCCGAACCACGGCAGGACACCCCAGGGCACGUGCUCCCACCCGCAGCAACUCAGAAUCUGCCUCCAGCAAGGGGCUCCCAGGGGAGGACUUUGACAUGAAUGAGUACGAGGUGUUGAGCACAGAACAGUGUGAUGAGGAGAUGCAGUUCUUGCCCAUUGAGCCCUCAGCGCCCCCAGCAAAUCCUGAUCCCCCUGCGGCCCUCCCAACCACACCCUUUUUGGCCCCAGGAGUAGAGGUGGAAGAGAAGGAUGAGAGGGAGGACUCACGGGCCAGUGCCCCACAGCUCAAGCUGGUAAAGAGGAGGGCGCCUGAGCCUCCUCCUAGAGUCCUGAGGCUCCGUCCUAGAUCAAAGAGUACUUCUGCGAACAGUGCAACCCUGUGAAGGUGUGAGGCCAUUGGACGCAGCCAAUCAAAACACUCCCAGAUCGCUUAUCUGCCUUAAAGACAAAAGAGAUACAACGAAAAAAGCACCGCCAAAUCUUGGAAGGAACUGAAGAAGCCACCGACCUCCUGCUGGUUUUGUGUCCCUGGGAGAGAACAUCACCAUGGCAAUUUAUGUGCAGGGUUCUUCCUUGCAUCAUUCAUCAUUAAUCUGAAGCAUUUUCCUUUGGAGUGUUUGUUUUUUUCUUAAUGUGCCAAUAUUAAUUGUUUUUCUUUUUUGUUGAGGAAAAUGCAUGCGUGUCUGUUCGAGUGUAAGGUCAGUUUCAUAAAAGACAUGUAGCACAAGCUCCAUCUGGUGAUGUGAUUCUCAUGUCAGAAGAGAUCAUCUGGAGUUGGGGCAACAGGUCAAAGAUGAAUGGUUGAAAUAUAUUGGCUAAAUUCUUCUGUCAUUUUCUGAGCAAAUACAGGACAAUUCUUGUUAUGUGUCAACAAGAUGUCUCCUAUUAAUUACAAUGAUAUUUCUGUGCUGUUUUACAAAGAAUACCAUUUUGUCACACAUGGUUGUAUUCAAUGCGUGUGCUCUGCCAAUAGUGCAUAGUUAGUGGUGUGUUUAAUAUAGAAUUAAGACAUGUUCAGUCUUAAUCUCAAUUUACUGGUAAUGUACUUAAUCCUGAAAUUUGUUGAAUAAGUAUGGUUACACUAAACCAUAUUUAAACACAGAAAUAUAUAAAUAGUCCAGUCCAAUGUGAGGCUGAGGGCACUUUCAAAUAAUGAAUGCAAUGAAAAAAAUUGUUUGGUCAAGUAAAUCAGUACCAUCAUGCAGGCCUCACAAAAUUCAGACAUAGUUAUACAAAUAAAAGCAACAUAUGUAAAACACGUACAAAUAUGCAGCAUGUGUUGGUAAAUAUUUCCAAAAUAUCCACUUCCAUAUACAUACUUUUAUGCAUUAAAUAUACAUGCUGUUAAAUACAUUUUGCAAUAUUUGCAUUCAGUUAGAUCAAACGGUCAUGAACUGAAUAUAUUUAACCUGAAUAAAGUACAGGAGCACAACCGCCAAGAUUUUGUGAAGUAUUCCUUGUUAAAAUGGCACUGUUAAUGUCAGGAGAAAAUGUAACUAGUGCAUUGCACCUAAUGGAAAAAUCUGGCAUGUUGAUAAAUAGGCUAAAUUGACUAUUAAAUUACAUCACAGAGCAUUGUCAGUGUAUUAAUUGUUAUUCAUUGAUGUUGAUGUUUAAACACUCCAUUGUUUUUACCAAAAUCUGAAAGCUAUUUGUUCAGUGACAGAAAAUAAUAUAUUGCUCUUUGGUGGUUUAAAUAUAAUUGAAUAUCUAAUGUAUAGCUUGUAAAUAUAAUUAAACAGUGAUGGCUAAGUAAUAUUUAAGACCAUAUAUAUUCACUUCUAAGUCAUUAAAUGUGUCUAGGUAUACACUGCAAUACUUUGUGAAGACUUUGAGCACUAGGCCCACUUUGUCAUUGGAACCUGAGUCACAACACAGUCAGCAUCUUAGAUGGACUGUACUGCCUCCAGUAAUACAAUAGAUAUCCAUCACUAAAUCAGACAGUCAACACCUCCAUUGUUUCUAGGAGGUUCCACUUGGUCAAAACAAUGUUCAGGCGCUGCCUGGGAUGCUAGAAUAGCUAUAGAUGUUGUUUUAAACCAUGCCUAUAAUAUAAUGAACUAAUGAAUUAAAAUACUUUGAGUUUCAGCAUUCAGACAGCAUUUUCACUAUCAAGAAUAUGAAGCCGACAAUCUUGUUAUCACAGACAAUCUGGUUAUAGUCAACACUGGAUUUUGCUAAAUAUGUGUAAGGUAUUGUCUUGGGUUUGUUCACAAAGCCAGAGAUUUGGAUAACAGAUAUUGAUCCUCUUGUUUUUCAGAUGAAAAGCUAAACUGUAGUGAGUCAGACCAUGGUGCAAAGAGGACUGCGGUACACUACAUUUUUUCCCACAAAUACAAAAAGUGCGAUGCAUAAUGAAUGUUUGGCACAUCUCGAUAAAAGUAUCCUCAAGUAAGAGAAAUAUUUCAAUACUUCCCUGCAAGUUAUUGGCACACAUUUCUGAUGAGAAGUUUUGUUUAUUUUAGGAUUUGUAUAUCUUUCUUGCAUUUUAACUGUAUUUUUUUAUUUCUGCGGUUCUGUAAGCACUGUGAUAAACCAUUUGUAUGGAAAACAACAGAAAAAUUUCAGCGAAUUCAUGGCAUUACAGUAAAUGGGAAUUGAACAAAAAUUGAACAAAAAUCCAAGUAGCAGGGAUUUUCUAGGUAUUAUUUAAAGAGGCAUGUCUAUAGAAUAUACUGUACUACUUCAAAUAAACACCUCACUCAAAUAAACACCAUGGGAAUUCUUCAAGGUGAUAGGGUACUACACAAACAUAUUAUGUUUACACUUACGUACGCUGUGCAUAUUUUUGGUGAAAAAAGAGUGGGGGUAAGAAUACUGUGUUGCUGACAUAAAAAAGAUUUCUUUGACAAUUUCACACAUUAAAGUAGUACAAGCAUAAUUUGUGCUUAAAUAUUUUAAGGGCCCACUUUUUCCUUGUUCUUUGGGACACAUUUACAGACGUUUCAAAUGCCCAUUGCUCAUAUCAGAACAGCCAGAAUAUCAUUGGUGUCAUGUUAAUAUGUGUAAAGUCAAGAAAACUCUGCCCAUUAUUCAUGAAUGAAAAUUGGCAGUGUACUUCUAGUGAAGUACACUGGAUUUACGCUAGAAAUAUUCACUUCCUCAGCAAGUGUAUUGCAAAGUGAAAAUAAGCACCUACUAAUGAAUGCAUUUUAGAGGCGAAUAGUUACAACUGUACGUUCCACAUUGGAGGCGUAACAUACAGGAAAAAAGCUUCUACAAUAGUAACAGAAUCUGUGUUUUUCACAUUGCAUUUAUGGGAGACAAAUAUACUGAGACACAAUAGAAAACACCUGGGACCCAGAGGCAUAUAUAUAUAUAUAUAUUAUAUAUUGCUGCGAGAUUGAGAUGGACAACCCAUCCAAUUCACUCUGCAAUAAUGGCUAAUAUGUCAGCCAUUAGAUGGGCCAAAUUAUAUUUAAAAAGCAUUGAUGUUGUACAUUGUAACUAUAGGGAAGUUCCAUCACUUCAGAUUAGAGGCAUGGAAGUGAAUUGAUUUAUCUCUUCAAAUGUAUGAAAAAAUGAAAACAGCUAUACAUUCAAGUAAAAAAAUGUCAUUACAGCAUUAAUAACUGACCUUAUUGGAGCAGAAUGCCUCAUUUGCUUGUAGCACUCAAACUUCUGUUGCUGUAUUUUAAAAGUUGCACUACUCUAAGUGACUGUUUACAGUGACAAAACUCCAAUCUGGAUCUAAACCACGUUCAGAAAAGGUCACGUGCACAAAACAUUAUUAAUUUCACAAAGUAUAAGCAUACUAUUGGUGACUUGAAAAAAUGCUAAUUUCAAUGGUAUUCAAGCUUGGUACUAGAAGGCUGCAGUGUCCACAAGGCUACUAAAUGUUGUCCCGACAGGCCCACAAUGUCUGCGAGGCUACACUUGAAGUGUCUGCAGCACUCAUAAACCUUGAUUCUGGUGGCCAUUGUCCACAGGUUACCAUCCUAACCAGGUCCUUACCCUCCUGUUUUUUUUUCCUAGUCAAGUAGUUUCAAGUGUGCAGGGAAACUAGCUGGGUGCAGCCCUCUAGGACUGGAGUUCAACAGCACUAAUCUUAUUCUACUUCUGUGUCAGUCACAAAAGCUUGGCUAACUUUGACCUUAAAUAUGUGCACACCAGCUACCUGUUCCUCAUGUACAUAUGCUGAUAAUUUGUGACUGUGUGAAUUUUUGCAUAGAAAGCAUGACUUUCUUCUUUAUAGACUGUAUGUGAUUUUUGUAAGGACUCUGGGUGUUGUAUGUUCCAAAGUCCAUUUUGAAACUAUCUUCGGGUUUUCUCAAUCUGAGCACAGGACUAGAUGUUUUCCUGUUUCCCCCAAAACUGAUGUUUACUUCCUGUCCCUAUGGCUCUCCCUAGUGAUUCCUAAUUUACAAAGCAUCUCACAUUUGUCUGGCAGGCCAGAAGAUCUCUCUUAAAGUCACUGUUCAUGUUGUACGUGGUUUCUCAUUCCUCACAGCUGCAGUAAGAGCAGAGAGGUAGAAGUGACUGUUCAUGAAAGGACUUCACAAAGUGCUUUUUCUUUUCUCUCUGCUGCACAUUUCUCCUUCUGUAUUUCUGUCUGAGUCAACCACAGCCAUUAAAACAAAAGAAUGAAA